AUGCUAGAAGCUUUGGAAGAAUCUAAGAAAGUGCAGAUUGAGUUAGAUUCAAUUUCACCAUACCUGUACGGAUGCAAAAUUCACCAUCUUAUGGAGCAUUGCGGCGAGCGUGUUCGAAUCUGUGCAUGGGUUCAUUCAAUUCGACCACAAGAUAUUCAUUUUGGUGUCGACAACGUGCUUAAUGAAGAAGCAGCUGUAGAUACGAUGCUGGACAACAGACAUUUAGUAAUAAGAGGUGGAAACGCAGCUGCCACAUUGCGUUUAAAAGUAGCUGCUACAGUUGCAAUUCGGGAACACUUCCACGACGCAAGUUACACCGAAGUUCUGCCGUCGAAGUUAGUUCAGACUCAGGUUGGUUAA